AUGGCUCUCAUUCGACAACGCCGCCAGCUUAAUCUCCGUCUCCCCUUGCCCGAACCCUCUGAGUGCCGCCCAUGUUUCACCGUUCCCCUCCCUCCCACCAUCGCCAUCACAAACAACUCUUCCUUUAGCGCUAUCUCCACUGCCGAUCUAGAGAACCUCCAAGUCCUUGGCCAUGGUAACAGCGGCACCGUCUACAAGGUAAAUCACAAGCGGACUUCCACCACCUACGCUCUCAAACUCGUCCAUAGCCACUCCAACGACCCAGGGCCGAUCUUGAGUUUUCAAAGGCCCAAGGGCCGGGACUGCAACGACCCCACAGUCUGCCGUCAGCUCUUCCGCGAGAUGGAGAUCCUCCGCCACACCGACUCUCCCCAUGUCGUCCGCUGCCACGCUAUCUUUGAGAAGCCAUCGGGAGAUAUCGGGAUCCUCAUGGAUACAUGGACUCCAGCACCCUCGAGACCUUGCUUAAAGCCCAAGGCACCUUCUCCGAGCCCAAUCUUGCCCACGUCGCCCGCCAUCAACAUGGAAGUGAAAAUCGCCGACUUUGGCGUGAGCAAGAUCCUGUGCCGGACCUCGGACGCCUGCAAUUCCUACGUGGGUACUUGUGCUUACAUGAGCCCGGAAAGAUUUGACCCGGAUACUUACGGCGGCAAUUACAGUGGCUACGCCGGUGACAUAUGGAGCCUAGGGCUAACCCUGGUGGAGCUUUACAUGGGUCACUUUCCGUUGUUGCCUCCGGGUCAGAAACCCGACUGGGCCACGCUUAUGUGCGCCAUAUGUUUCGGAGAGCCGCCGAGCUUGCCCGAGGGGGUGUCGGAGGAGUUUCGGAGUUUCAUGGAGUGCUGCUUGCAGAAGGAGUCCGAAAAGCGGUGGACCGCAGCUCAGCUUUUGACCCACCCGUUCGUCUCUAAAGAUCCCAGUAUAUCCGUUUCCUGA